CUCCUCGAGACCUUGUAUUUUGACCGCAUCUACUCCAAUUAGCCUAUCAAUUGAUUUUAUAUCCUCUCAUAAUGUUCGCCCGACAGUGCUCCCGUCUGGUGUCCUCCCGGACCGCCAUCCCUUUGACCUCCUACCUCGCCCGCGCGAGACCCUACUCCUCCGCGGCUUCGAGCUACGAGCACAUCCUCACGUCGACUCCUAAGCCUGGUGUAGGACAGAUCACCCUAAACCGCCCGAAAGCCCUCAACGCCCUCUCCAGCCCCCUCUUCAAGGAAAUCAACGACGCCCUCACCAAAUACGACGAAGACAAGGACAUCGGCGCGAUCGUCAUCACAGGCAGCGAGAAGGCCUUCGCCGCGGGAGCGGAUAUCAAGGAAAUGGCGCCCCUAACCUUCUCCUCGGCCUACAGCUCGAACUUCAUCGCCCCCUGGUCCCACCUCGCCAACAGCAUCCGCAAGCCCGUCAUCGCCGCCGUCUCCGGCUACGCCCUCGGCGGCGGCUGCGAGCUGGCCCUCAUGUGCGACAUCCUGUACUGCACGGAGAAGGCCACUUUCGGACAGCCCGAGAUCAAGCUGGGUGUUAUCCCGGGCGCGGGCGGCUCGCAGCGGUUGACGGCCGCGGUGGGCAAGAGCAAGGCGAUGGAGUUGAUCCUGACGGGCAAGAACUUCAGCGGGAAGGAGGCUGGUGAGUGGGGGGUUGCUGCUAAGGUUGUUGAGGGGGGGUUGGAGGAGUUGCUGCAGGAGGCUGUUAAGACGGCUGAGACGAUUGCCAGCUAUAGCCGUGUGGCGGUUCUUGCUGGCAAGGAGGCUGUCAAUAAGAGUCAGGAGUUGUCGCUGAGGGAGGGGGUGGAGUUUGAGAGACGGAUUUUCCAUGGGUUGUUUGGGAGUAAGGAUCAGAAGAUUGGAAUGACCGCCUUCGCUGAGAAGAAGAAGCCCGAGUGGUCCCAUGAGUAGAUUCCGCUGGCGGAUUGCCAGGAACCUGUUAUCUAG